UUAGAUUUCGAUCACUUCCCCGCUUGUGAAACACUGAUUGCAUUUAAAAUCCAACCAAUCAAACUUCCAAACUCGAGUUUCUUCAAAUCAGCAUUGCUUGCUUAGCUUCCCCCACAAUAAUGCAUUCGCGUUUUUCUUCACAAAAGUUUCCCCCAAUCGUGUGGUGACCGCGCGCCUCUUGCUUUGAGCACAAUUCUCAAACAACGCAAUUCAAAACCAUUUAGAAAUUGAAGUUGAAAAAUAGUUUAGGUUUAGUAUUACCAAUGGAUAGUAAUAAUAAUAACGAUGAACCAUCUGAACCCUUUUCAACACUUCCAUGGCAUUGGGUCAUGGAAGCCCUAGCAGGUUUCAAAGAAAUCACCACAUCCACUUUACAAGGUUUGAUUGAUGCAGCACCUGUAAGGACUGAUAAUUUUGGUGAAAAUACAAAGGAAUUGAUUGCUAUGAGGUGUUUGGAGGAAAUUUAUGCUUCUUCUUCAUCUUUUUCUUCAUCCACAUUGGAUUCUAGAGUUGGACUUGAUUUUUCGCGUACUUGUGAUGGUGUUCUUCAAGAAAUAUUGCGUGAGGUACCAUUAUCAAAUCUGAGAAUUUCUGGAGCACAGCUUUUAAAAUGGGAUGUUAAGCCAUUUAUCAAGUACAGAAGAGCUGACAAUGUGAAAUGUCACUUAGAGCAGCUGAAAGAAUCCAUAUUGGAAGGUACUGUACCACUAACUGAUCACUUAAAAGAAAGGAGUGGAUUAUUCCAAAUUAACCAUGCUCGUACGGUAUGUGUGAAUGAUGGAAAAUGCAAAGAUCAAUCAGUAAAGGAUGAUGGGAACUCCGCUUAUGCAGAAGACCUGGGAGCAAAAGAGAGCUCAGCGUCCUUAAUAUUAGGGGACGGCAACAAAUCUUCGAAAGAAUGUUUACCUGAUAAUAACCGUUUGUCCUCUAGGAGGAAUAUGGUUUACUCGGCUGAUGAGAAUUUUAUGAGUUGUCUUAAUGAAAAGCAAGUUUGUAUAAAUGAAUGUGAUGAUUCCUUAAGAAGUACAAAAAGGAUUAAACGUAAUGCAUCUACAAAUUUUGAUUCCAAGAAGGAAAAGAAACUUUCUCGACUUGGAAAGGAAGUGUCAGAAAAUUUGACUGAAAAAUAUCUUCCAAUUUUUGAGAAUGUAGGGCAUCACACAGAAAAGAAUAACAGGGAAACUCUGAGUGAUGGACCCUUACAGGAUAGUCAUAAUAGGUGCACUGCUUCAAAUUUGUGCCAAUCUAGUAGUCAAAAAGAGGUCUUUCAUGAUGAAUCAGGUAUUCCUUUUAAUGCAAGUUUGACGCCAAUGGAGAAGACUUCUGGAAGUAAACCCUGGUUUGAACAUGAAGCAGAUUUGCAACUUGAAGAUUCAAAUGGCUAUCAGCAGACAGUUAGUAGUGAUAAAGCUCAAGAUGGUACUGGUAAUAUUUAUGGGAUAGAGAUAUCAGGUGAUACAGUUGCGUAUCAAGGAGAAAAUGUUAAUCUCCUAUUGAAAAAGCACAACAAGAAAAGUUUUGAUACAAAUUGUAACGAAGGUGGUCAAGCACUGGUUUGUGAAGCGACUACUGUCCCACUAUUGGCUCCUGAAAGUUGUAUUGGUAUGAAGACUAACAUUUAUCCUCCGCAUACAUCUGGAGUUGAGCCUUGCCAAAAUAAAUUUAUGGAUGAAACUAAUGAUACUGUACAUGUUGAGCCCAUUCCAGCAAAUGAUGGUAAUGCAAAUAUAAUUCAGCAUAUGACUAAUGAAACUCAACCCAAACAGAAGGAACCAAAUGUUGAAUCUUUAAGUGCCUCUAAGAAGCCAGCUUCUAGUGAUAAAGCUGCAGUUGAUGCUGCUAAGGAUUGUGGAGCAGAGUUAUCAAGUGAUAGUGAUGGGUAUCACAAUGAAAAGAUUGAUCUUGUAGCCAAAAAGGAUGAAAUCCUGAGCUCCCAGCAUACUUUUGGUCAAGAUUUGUCAGCAAUGGCUGAAUUGGAUGAACAAAACCUUUGCAUGAAGUGCAAUGAAGCUGGACAACUACUGGUUUGCAAAACCACUACUUGCUCGUUGAUGGUGCAUAAAAACUGCCUAAGUGCAUCUGCUCAGUUGGAUGCAAAGGGAAACUUUGUUUGCCCGUUUUGUGCAUAUUCUCACACUAUUUCAGAAUAUCUUGAAGCCAAGAAAAUAGCUUCUUUGGCAAGGAAAGAAUUAGCUAUCUUCAUUAGUAAGGGUAUAAGGAAAGAAGCUGUAGAUCGUGUUCAUGAAUCUAGUAGACAAGAACGAAAUGUUUUGAGAAAGAGUUAUAAAUCUGAGCAUAUUCCGUUAACAGAGAAUGAAGAAAAUAGAGAAGAUCAUGCUGGUGAGCAUGCAAAUGAAGUUAAUAAUUUUCAUUUUGAAAGAAGUCAGCAACGAGCUCCUAAAUCUGUGGUCCACUCCUUAUCAUUAAGAGAAAACGAAAAUGUAAAUAAUGGGUUAGCAGGUGAUGUAAGAGAAGAGAAUGAGAGUGAAAUGCUGAUUGCAAAGAGUUUAACUUGUGGAAGAGCUGGACAGAAAGAAAGGCCAACUGAUAAAUUUUUUUGUAAAAAGAUAAAUGUUGUGUGUGCUAAUGAAAACAAUGUUGGAGAAGAAGUUCCACAGAAUAUGACAGAGCACAAUAUGGCUGGAACUGUAGAGCCAGUUUGUGCUCACAAUACUGUAAAAGAGGAGAUUUCUGAAGAUGAACGCAAAAAGCAUAAUAUUUCUAGAUACUCCAUGAAAUUCCAUAUGGAUGAAGUACAAUACAAAACUCCACCAAGCCCUAAAAUAAGACGAAAGCAAAUUCCAUGGACAGCUGAGGAGGAAGAGCUGAUAAGGGAGGGGGUGCAGAAGUUUAGUUUCAGUGACCAACAACUGCCAUGGAAGAAAAUUUUGGCAUUUGGUUCUCACGUGUUUGAGAAGAAUUGUAGGCGUCGUACUCCACAAGACCUAAAGGAUAAAUGGAAGAACAUGUGCAAAGCGCACUCAAAAUUGAAACAAAAGGCUUUAUCUUAAGGCGGUUUCAGAAGAAUCAGUUGGACAUAUAGAGCGAGAAUGCAUGCAUGGGAUAAAGGUGAACUGUGUCUUGAGAAUAUCAGGCUGUGUAUGGUAGGGACACAUGUGAAAUGUAGCUCAUGAAAUUGGAAAAUGUUGAGGUGGAUCAUAACAUUCUCCAGUUUGAGGACAAAUCUAUUGCAUAGAAUUCAAGGAUGAGAGUAAGAGUUCAUUCAAAGCAAUCACAGUGGCUUGGAAAGAGUUUUUCCAUAUAUUGUAGUAACUAAACAACAUUUAACAUCGAUGUUGUAGGCAUUGAUUAAGAUGUAUGGAAUGGCAGAUAAUCAUGAAUCAGAAGCCCCCAGUAUGAAGCAUACAACAGACUUACUUUCUCCACUUCCAUUUGGAAAUAGUACUAAGAAAAUUAGCCAAGAUAUAGAACUAAAUUUCUAUAGUUUAGAUGUAAUUUACAAAUUUAAGUACUUAGUAAAUCAUCUGAUGCAAUAUAUUGAGCAAGUUCUGAACAAAUGACUCUAAAUUCUUAUAUUCUUCCAUUCCUGUUUGUCUUACUC